AUGGAGCACUCAGCCUAUGCCACCAAGGCUUACGACCAUGAAAGUCUAGCCUUAAUCAGGCUGGUGGCGGGACUGCUGGGCGUGGAAUCCGCACAGGACGCGGUGAUCCGGGCCCUGCUGUACGAGCGCGGACUGUCGCGGGUGGCGAGCUAUGGUGUUGGUGUGGCGGAGGUGACCGCGCACAUCUCCGAGCUGCGGAACGAGCUUGGGAGGAGGGGGGUGAAGGACGAGGGGCUAGUGGUGGCGCCGGGUGAGGGGCCCGAGGGGCAGACCGUGGGGAACAUCAUCGCCGGCGACCGCUACUCGCUCGCUUACGAUCGCACGCCCGAGGAGAUCCUCGGCAUCGUGUACGGCACCGGAAGCCCCGCCCAGGCCGGCGGCUUCUUUCCCCAGGGCGCUGACGGCCGCAUAGCCAGGGGGCUCCUCAUGUAG